AUGUUGCUCCUAGAGUGUUAUAAACUUUUGAAGAGCUCAAUAAGGUUUGAACAUUCUUCUGAAUUGGUUUUUGGGUAUGAAGUCGCCCUGUCCCGUGAGGAAAACAAGUUUUGCGCUAUCAACGUAAAAUCCAGAAGAAUCCGCACGUUGAGUGGUCUAAGAAGCAAGGAUAUUUAUAACUACUUUGCAGGCAAGGUUGACUGUGAAAAAUCAAUGGAAAUGAUAGGAAAGUCUAGUUACGAGUACCACAUUUAUGAAUUCAGGGCCCACAAGUGGAGGACAGUUCAGACUCCCGAAUUUUCUCUUUAUCCCCCUGAAAGCUCCGCGCAAUUGGUGGUGACGAAAAGAGCUAUGAUUUGGUGGGAUUUGACUGGCUUUAAGGUUUUCGACAUAAUUACUGAGAAGCUAUGCUCGAAAGGUUCUCCCCCACCCGUUGGUGAGCCUAAAAUGGUGGCCAAAGGAGAUGAGGACUUGUGUUGUUGUUACGUGCGCUAUGCAGAGACUGUAGUGGACGUUUGGGUUCUGGUGGACUACAAAAAUUGGUUAUGGGAAAGAAAGUAUGCUGUGAACUUUGAUUGGGAAAAGAAUAGGUGCCCCUCGCAAGCAUGGAGCGCUCACAUCCCUCAAGUAACGCGUAACACAAAAGUAGUGAGCAUUCAGGGGAAUAUUUUGGUGUUGGAUAUCAAGGGUGCUGGAGCACAACUGCAUUGCUAUGAUUUAGUGUCUAAUGCGUCUUGGAUGGUCGACACCAACAAAUUUAAUGGGGAAACCCAAACAACUUGGUAUGGUAGGCGACGACGUGUGGACAAGCAUUUCACUUGGUAUCGUUUGCUUGGCUUAUAG